AUGCCACCUCGCAAAUCCACGUCCUCAGUGACACCCGCUGAUCCAGAUGACUCUCUGCUCCAGUCACCUGAAGCAGCAUCUGAGAAGCCCGUCUUUGCAACGGAGCAGCAAUUGAAAGCUCGAGCCGAGGCCGGUGCCAGCGUCGAGGUAAGCAGCACAGCAAAGACGUUGAAUUCUGCAUAUGACCGAUAUUCCGAAAUCCCCCAUAUCCAGCCUCAUACCCAACAAGAAGCACGGCAAGAAAACAAGAAACACAAGGCCAUGCUAAACCGCUCUCUUCUACAGGAUUACCUCCUCCCCCGCUCAUUGACGAUUCGUCUCGCGAAGUCCGUUCUCCCGCCGAACACGACGAUCCAGAAAGACGCCGUUCUGGCUAUGCAGAAGGCUGCUACGGUUUUUGUUUCUUAUCUUUCUUCGCAAGCCAACGACGGAACCCUCAAACGCACAAUCGCACCCUCAGACGUCUUCAAUGCCCUCUCCGAGCUGGAGCUUGGUUCUUUCCGCGGCCGGCUCGAGCGGGAAUUGGAGGCGUAUACGGAUAUCAAGGCUGGGAAGCGCAAGUCUAAGAAGGCUGAUGCGAAUGGCGAGACGCAGGAUGCGUUAGGUGGGACGCAGGGUGAUGAUGGGGAUGAGGAGGAUGUUGAGGAAGGGGAGGAGGAGGAAGAGGAAGAAGAGGAUGAGAGUGAAGAUGAGGAGGAAGAGGAGGGGGAUGAUCGGGCUCGUGAAGAUGAUCUUGACCAUGUGGAGGAUUUGGAUCGGGAGCCUGGGGCUAGGAGGGGACCUAUUGAUCCUGAUGCUGAGGAGACUGAUGAUGAUGAGAAUGGGCCUGGUAGUCAGUUGCGGGAUGAUCUCGGGUUGGGCUAA